AUAAGAGCUCUUUUACAAUCAGAAAAAAGUCAUCAAAAGGCAAGCAAACCAAAAAAUCUAAGUGUCUACUAUUUUGGACACAUCUAUGGGUCGUGUAAUACAAAUGAAAAGUUUUUUUUAAUUUGUCUUCUGAUUUGUGGGGCAUUGAAGCAUAAUUGCGCCACCUGACCUGAACUAGUCACCGGACAUAGUUUGAAUGGGAGUCUUCCCGCUAGCUUUAUUUUAGCUAGCUUGUUGUUGAUAAGGACUUUAAAUGCUUCAAGAGCAAAUGUAAACUUUUGGACUCGGGUGAGUUGAUCUUUUUCGACUUGCGCUUUGGAAGUUGACCUGCCCUCCAAUCGCCAACUCAUCUGGAAGUUGGAGCUGAGAGUCAAUUACGAAGCGGCUGAAGAACCACUGACGCUGUUUUGUGGAGGAUGUCUUCAACGUUACUCUUCAACCAAGACAGUGUCAUACGCUUCAAGAAAAGGAAAGCGCGUUUCACAUUCAGUGAGGUCCACAUCCUUUUAGAUGAAGUGAGGAAACAUCGCUCUGUGAUUGUGGGCAAAUUCAACCGUGGCGUGCCAACAGAUGUGAAGAAGCGCACAUGGGCUGAAAUCGCAGCUCGUGUCAAUGAGAUCGGCGAGUGUCAGCGAGAGGUCAUUGAGGUCAUUAAGAAAUGGUCAGACCUGAAGUGUGACACCAAGCGGAAAGUUGCUGCCAUGCGCUCAGGCAAGGUGCCAAACCGGGGCAUCAACUCGCGGCUCUCCAAAGACCUUAACCAAACCGAGAAAGUCGUGCUUCAGAUUCUGGAGAUGGAUCAGGAAGAUCAGAUCAACAGUGACUUAGGCCCUCUUUGCGACGACGACGACGACGACGUUGAAGAAAUGGACGAGGACGACAUGGUUGGAAUGCAGAGUUCGCCGAACGGUGCCGACGAAUCGUCUCGGCCUCCGGCAAUGUCUUCAGGUGGAUUUGCGCAGUCAGGGGACUCAUCACAUACUGCCUUUGACGUGCAGUUUGAAAUACCUGUAUCAGAAGACUGGGAUGAUGACGACACGCUCCCUUCAAGUUUCCCAAAUAAACUAAGAGGGGAUCACCAAGGAAAGAAUGGCCUCCAUAAACAAGAACAAGCUCCUACUUCCUCUCGCGUUUCAACCUUGACAGCCUCAAUUCCAUUCAGCGGUCUGCCCAGCGCAAACGUGAGGGAAAGCAUGCUACAAAAUGCUUCGGCCAGCCUCCAGGAGCAGCAUGCCACCAACGUCCUGCUGGAAACGGUUUCCCGCUCGCUGGAGCUUCUGUCCGAGUCGGUGCAGCAGCUUGCGGAAACCCAGCAGGAAUUUGUGCGCGAGUCCCUGCAGCUCCAACGAGAAACUGUCCAGGUGCUUCGAGACUUUACGGGCAGCGCCAUCACGCUCAUGCACGAUAAGCUCAACGGACGGCCAGCGUUAUAGCAUUACGUUGCCGGAUCUGACCCCAGACUUGGCCACGUAACGCUUCAAUUUCUUUUGGAUUUUACACUGGUUACUUUAUUGAUGACAGUACUUGACUGAUAUUCCAUUGUGGGUAGAGACGGUACACCGUGCAGAAAUAUUAGGCAAGUGCGUAUUUUGACCACCAUCAUCAUUUUGAUGCCUAUUUUCCAACUCCAUGCUGUAUAAGCUUGAAUGCUUUUCAAAUGAUGUGUAUUUGUGUAAAGAGGGAUGCUGGAGCACCCCACAGUGUUCAUCAUCGUUAUUAGGCAACUUGUUUGAAAUGGGGCCAAAAAGACACAACUGUUAUUAAAAAGAAGGGUGGCUCUAUUGAUCACAUUUUUUUUUUUCCAUGUUAGUCAGUUUUAAAUUAUUCAUUAGUCUCACUUUGUCAAAUGAAAAUAAACAAGUGAGAUGGGAACCUUUCCAUUUUUACGUGAGUUGCAUCAUAAUUCUACACACUAAUAGUUGCCUAAUAAUUGUGCACACAUAGAAAAAGAAAGCCAGAUCCUCACUUUUACUCUCUUAAAUAUUCAAGUUUAACAUUUCUAGAAAAAAAAUUAUUGACUGUAGUCGUUCAAAAACAAAAUCCUCCAACUGUAUUGCUAGAAAGCCUGUCCGAGCGGUCAAAUUGGACUUUUUUUGUGGGUGGGUUUGUUUUCUUGCUACUGAAAGUGAUACUUCUGUCAUUGCAUUGAAAAGAAUGGACCACUUUUGAAAGCAUUUCUUUGCUUUUAUUGCUGACAUUCGAGAGUCCAUAAGUAUUCCCUGGCGUGUGUGUGUAUAGAGUAUCACGAGUACUGUAACCUUGAGUAGUUUUCAGCACCUGACCAUUAUAUGGUCCAUAUAUCUUAAAGCUAUACUUUCCUUUUUACAUUCUUUACUGCAUUAUAUAUUAGAACUUACGUAAAAGAAUUUUUUUCAUUCAGAUGUUCAAUAAACUAUCUGUCAAUA